UUUACACCCGGAGCCCCGAAAUAUCAGCCCGACUUCCUUGUCCACUCCACCACCACCAUUUCCUUCAAAUCACUUUUCACCUCUCUCAUUUCAGUCGCCCUCCGGGUGUCCCCCUAAGCCCCGAGAGUAUCCUGCAUGAGAGAAUGGAUCAAACCCAACAUCAGCGACCCGUUCAGGCUUCGGCUCAAGCUCCGGCUUCGGCUUCUCGGGCCUACCAGUUCCACCCUGCCCGUGCCGCCAUUGUUGAUCUCUUCGACCUCUACUUGGGAAGAAGUAGCCGUCAGAAACCUGAAGACUCUAGUCGAGAACCUCCGAACAAGACACAGAAGCGUGUGCAUGCGCUAAACAGAGAACUUCCUCCUCGCAAUGAGCAGUUCCUCAUAGAUUUUGAGCAACUUCAGAGCCAGUUUGCAGAGCAAGAUCAGUUGCGUUCUGUGACAGAAUCUAUUUUUAUAUCUCUGGUUGUGAAGUGUAGUGGUCAUGCACCACGAGCUGAAUUUCUUCUCUUUGCUUUACGGAACUUGUGCACUAUAGGUUUCAUUAAUUGGGAUACUCUUUUGCCAUCUCUGCUUUCAUCAGUCUCCUCUGCAGAGAUGACUGUGGGGAGUCAAGCAAUGCCUGCUGUUUCAUCUACAAGUUUACCACAGACUGGGAUGCUGCCACCUUCAAGCUCAAUUCCGAAUCCUUCUACUUUUCAGUCCUCAAAUCCGGCAUCUCCAUUAACUACAGUUCAUGGUAUUGGGUCCCCUGCUCAAUGUGCUCUUGAACCACCAUCUUGUGCAACUUUGUCACCAGUCAAAUCAUCUGAUAUUUUGUGUAAUGGACAACAACCUAUGGCAAGGAUAAAUUCAUCAAUAAGAGACAAUGCUAUAAGCAGUCUGCGGCAACUGUGUUGCAAGAUUAUUUUAACUGGUCUUGAAUUUGAUUUAAAACCAGUGACUCAUGCUGAAAUUUUCUACCACAUGCUGAAUUGGCUGGUCAAUUGGGAUCAAAGACAGCAGGGGAUUGAUGAAUUCGAUGGAGCAAAAUCUUGGAGACCACACAAGGCUCUUAUUGAAUGGCUGCACAGUUGUUUGGAUGUGAUUUGGCUUUUAGUCGAAGAGGAUAAAUGCCGAGUACCCUAUUAUGAAUUACUGCGCAGUGGCUUGCAGUUUAUAGAAAACAUACCUGAUGAUGAAGCCUUAUUUACACUAAUCUUGGAGAUCCAUAGAAGGCGAGAUAUGAUGGCUAUGCACAUGCAAAUGUUAGAUCAACACCUUCAUUGCCCUACCUUUGGAACUCAUCGAGUUCUAUCUCAGACAACUCCCAGUAUUUCAGGUGAAGCGAAUGCACGAUAUUCACCGAUCACCUACCCAAGCGUACUUGGAGAACCCUUGCAUGGAGAGGAUCUUGCGAUGUCUAUUCAGAAGGGAAGUUUAGACUGGGAGAGGGCUUUGCGUUGCAUAAGGCAUGCUCUUCGCAGUACUCCUUCACCUGAUUGGUGGAAGCGGGUGCUUCUUGUGGCUCCUUCCUAUAGGUCUCCCCAAGCAUCCACUCCCGGUGCUGUUUUUACUUCUGAAAUGAUCUGCGAGGCAACAAUUGAUAGAAUUGUUGAACUCUUGAAGUUUACGAAUUCAGAGAUAAAUUGCUGGCAGGAGUGGCUUGUCUUUUCAGAUAUCUUCUUUUUUCUUAUGAAAAGUGGGUGUAUUGACUUUGUUGAUUUUGUGGACAAGCUAGUUUCACGGGUUAUGGAGGGUGAUCAGCACAUUCUUAGAACGAAUCAUGUGACUUGGUUACUUGUACAACUUCUAAGGGUUGAGCUUGUGACAAAUGCUCUGAAUUCAGAUGCGAGAAAGGUUGAGACGACCAGAAAAGUUCUAUCAUUUCAUAGAGAAGAUAGAAGCUCUGAUCCUAAUAAUCCUCAAAGUAUCCUUCUUGACUUUAUUAGUAGUUGCCAAAAUUUGCGUAUUUGGUCAUUCAACACAUCCACCAGGGAAUAUUUGAAUAAUGAGCAGCUUCAGAAGGGAAAGCAAAUAGAUGAAUGGUGGAGGCAAGUGAGUAAAGGGGAUCGCAUGAUGGAUUACAUGAAUAUGGAUGAUAGAUCAAUUGGGAUGUUCUGGGUUGUGUCUUACACCAUGGCACAACCUGCUUGCGAAACAGUAAUGAAUUGGCUUUCGUCUGCUGGAGUUACAGAAUUCUUACCAGGACCAAAUCUACAGUCCAAUGAGAGGUUAAUGGUUAUGCGAGAAGUAAGCCCUUUGCCAAUGUCAUUAUUAUGUGGCUUUUCCAUGAACCUAUGCUUGAAGCUGGCCCAUCAAAUGGAAGAAACUUUAUUUUCUGGGCAGGGUGUGCCCAACAUUGCUAUGGUUGAAACGUAUACGAGAUUGCUGCUCAUUGCACCUCACUCAUUAUUCCGUUCACACUUCAGCAAUUUGGCACAGAGGAACCCAUCUUUAUUGAGCAAGCCCGGGGUAACACUAUUGGUGCUUGAAAUUUUGAACUACCGUUUGCUUCCACUAUACAGGUAUGAAGGAAAAAGCAAAGCCUUGAUGUAUGAUGUCACAAAAAUAAUUUCUACACUAAAAGGGAAACGUGGAGAUCAUCGUGUAUUUAGAUUGGCUGAAAACUUGUGCAUGAAUCUUAUUUUCUCACUCAGAGAUUUUUUCCCAGUUAAAAGGGAAGGAAAGGGUCCUACAGAAUUCACAGAAACCCUAAAUCGGAUUACCGUAAUAACUCUUGCCAUAACCAUUAAAACACGUGGAAUUGCCGAUGCAGAUCACCUGCUUUACCUUCAAACUAUGUUAGAACAGAUAAUGGCAACCAGUCUACAUACAUGGUCUGAAAAAACGCUGCGGUACUUUCCUUCUGUUCUACGUGAGGCCUUAAUGGGUCGGAUGGAUAAGAGGAGCCUGGAGAUUCAAGCAUGGCAGAAGGCAGAAACAACUGUGAUUAACCAAUGCACGCAACUUCUUUCACCAUCAGCUGAUCCUUCUUACGUUACAACCUACAUCAGUCACAGUUUCCCUAUGCACCGACGAUAUCUUUGUGCUGGAGCUUGGAUACUGAUGCAUGGGCACCCAGAGAACAUAAACAGUAUAAACUUGGCACGUGUGCUGAGGGAGUUUUCCCCAGAAGAUGUUACAGAGAAUAUUUACACAAUGGUGGAUGUACUAGUACAUCAUAUUCAGAUGGAACUUCAGCAUGGACAUCUCUCGCAGGACCUUGUAUUAAAAGCCUCUGCAAACCUUACAUUUUUUGUCUGGACCCAUGAGUUGCUUCCCUUGGAUAUUUUGCUUCUAGCACUUAUCGACCGUGACGAUGAUCCCCAUGCUUUGCAUAUAGUGAUUAAUCUCCUUGAGAGGCAAGAGAUUCUACAAAGAGUGAAACAAUAUUGUGUGAAUCAUGGACCUCCAGAGCAUUGGCUUCAAUCUGGGAUGUUCAAGCGAGUUGAGUUGCAGAAGGCUCUUGGGAAUCAUCUCUCAUGGAAGGACAGGUAUCCCACAUUCUUUGAUGAUGCUGCAGCACGUUUACUUCCAGUUGUGCCCUUAAUUAUUUAUAGACUUAUUGAGAAUGAUGCCACGGAACCAGCUGAAAUAAUUCUAGUCAAAUAUUCCCAGUUUCUUGCUUUACACCCCCUAAGAUUUACAUUCGUCCGUGACAUACUUGCAUAUUUCUAUGGUCAUCUUCCUGGGAAGCUCAUAGUCCGGAUAUUGAAUGUACUUGAUCUCAGCAAGAUACCUUUUUCAGAGUCUUUCCCGCAGCACAUUAGUUCAUCAAAUCCGGUCAUGUGCCCACCUAUGGACUAUUUCGCUACUCUCUUAUUGGGACUUGUGAAUAACGUUAUACCUCCACUACAAAACAACUCCAGAUUUGGAUCAAUGUGUGAUCCCUCAGGGCGUACUCCAUAUAAUAAGACUGCAGCAACUUCUCAGUCUGGGCUGGCAAAUGCUUCUGAGGGCCAAAAGUCAUUCUAUCAAAUUCAGGAUCCUGGCACCUAUACUCAGCUUGUUCUUGAAACUGCUGUUAUAGAAUUACUCUCUCUCCCUGUGUCUGCAUCUCAGAUUGUGUCUUCGCUGGUCCAGAUAGUCGUCAAUAUACAGCCAACACUAAUUCAAUCCAGCAAUGGUCUACAUGGAGCUCCAAAUGGUGUUGGGCAAGCUUCAGUAUUGCCUACAUCCCCUUCAGGGGGAAGCACAGAUUCCCUGAGCGCAGGCAGAUCAACUCCUUUAGUUUCAGGAAUUAAUACCUCGAAUAUUGUUUCUCGAAGUGGUUAUACAUGCCAACAACUGUCUUGCUUACUGAUACAAGCUUGUGGUCUCCUACUUGCUCAGCUCCCCCCUGAAUUUCACUUGCAACUUUAUGCGGAGGCAUCACGUAUAAUAAAAGAGAGUUGGUGGCUCACGGAUGGGAAGAGGUCACUGGGAGAACUAGACUCUGCUGUUGGCUAUGCUUUGUUGGAUCCAACAUGGGCCGCUCAAGACAAUACCUCAACGGCUAUUGGUAAUAUGGUUGCCCUCCUGCAUUCAUUUUUCAGUAACCUCCCACAGGAAUGGCUAGAAGGGACCCAUGUCAUCAUUAAGCAUCUCAGACCAGUGACAUCAGUCGCAAUGUUGAGAAUAGCAUUUCGUAUAAUGGGCCCGUUGCUCCCAAGACUUGCCAAUGCUCAUAGUCUCUUCAAUAAGACCCUCUCCUUACUUUUAAGCAUACUGGUUGAUGUCUUCGGAAGGAAUUCACAGACAUCAACUCCUGUAGAAGCAUCAGAAAUAGCAGAUCUCAUAGACUUCCUCCAUCAUGUUAUCCAUUAUGAAGGGCAGGGAGGGCCUGUGCAAGCUAACAGCAAACCUCGACCAGAGGUAUUGGCUCUCUGUGGGAGAGCAUCAGAAAAUUUACGUCUAGAUGUACAGCAUCUUCUGUCCCAUCUAAAAGCUGAUGUAAAUUCUUCCAUCUAUGCUGCUACUCAUCCAAAGCUGGUCCAGAAUCCAUCAUAAAAUCCGGGUUUGAUUGGUAUGUUUCCAGUUUACUGAUCACUGAACGGUGCUGCUCUCUUGAGCGAAAAUCAUUAUGUAUAAUUCGCUACAUACUUCUUGUUGGGAUAUGGGACUUGAAACACUACAGCUUGCCCCUUUGAAACACAGAUAAUAUUGUAUCUGUAAUAAGAUUAUUCUUGGAUCUUGGUUGGGAAAAUAUACACACUUCAGUGAUCAAGUAUGUAGUAUAGCUCAUCAAUUAA